AUGCAUGGGGUUGAGGGACGUACAGGUCGCCAUCGGCAUGGCCCCAAUAGAGCAUCAGACCCUCGAGCAGGAGAAAGAAUGGUCAAGGUCUACAACUUGAUCAAGACAACAGUUGAGAAUGUGAGAAAAGUCGUAAACCAUGUGCGACUACUCGACGACGCAAAAGCCGGAGAUUUGGACCACCCACACAAGUCGUUGGAUAGGGUUCUGCAUAACGAGCAAGGUCGAAUCGGAUGCUAUGGCACCAACCGAUGGCACGAGUAUUAG